AUGGUCUUAAUAGCGAUAUGGAUAUUACAGUCUCUGCUUCACUGUUCUGUCUCUAAAGACAUUGUUUACCAUGUGAAAGAAGAGAACAGUCCUGUUAUCAACAUAGGAGACAUUACUGCUGAUUCCCAGUUAAAGGACACUGCAUUAUUAUCGUUCAGUCAGUUGCAACAGAAGGGAACACAGCUGUUUAAUGUGACCACCACUGGGAAGAUAUACACCACACAAACACUGGAUGCUGAGUCUCUGUGUACUUUUGAGAAAGAAUGCUUUCACACAAUUAAGGUAGCCGUUCAUAAAGCAGGUAAAUUUAUAAAGAUAUUGAAAAUUAAGGUGAUUAUAGAAGACAUCAAUGACCAUCAACCAGAGUUUCCUGUGGAAGAAAUUCAAUUAACAUUUGGAGAAGGAGAAAGAAACGGUAUGAAAAAGUCCAUCCCCAAUGCCAUUGACAAAGAUGUUGGAUUACAGAACAGAUUAGUGAAUUAUGAAUUGAAGGGAAAUAACCAACAGUUUUCUUUGUCCACAUUCAAAAGAGCAGACGGAGUAUCAUUUCUUGAAAUUAUAUUAGAAGGAAAGUUAGACAGAGAGACGAAAGACAGCUAUAAUAUAGAAGUGAUUGCUAAGGAUGGAGGAACUCCACCCAAACAGGGUGUCUUAAAUGUGCACAUAACUGUGAAAGAUGAAAAUGAUAACAGACCAAUUUUCUCUGAGAAAACAUACAAUGUCUCUAUACAAAAUAACCAUCAAAGAAAUAUACCAGUUGUUGUAAUGAUGGCAAAAGAUUCUGACAUUGGAGAAAAUGGUAAAGUUUCAUAUUAUAUCAGCCCAACAACAUCAACAGAAUCAAAAGAUAAUUUUAUUAUAAAUGAGAAAACUGGAGAAAUAUUCUUAAACAAAGAAUCACAAUUUGACAAAAUGAAAUCAUUUAAAUUAUACAUUGAAGCCAGAGAUGGUGGUAACUCCCCUCUCAGUUCCAUAGCAACGGUUAUGGUAAAUGUCAUAAAUGAACACAACAAUCCCCCAAAUAUUGAUGUGAACUUUAUUUCUACACAGAAUCACAACACAGCUACCAUUCUGGAAGACAUCAAAGUUGGUAGUUUCAUUGCUUAUGUGAUGGUCACUGACAAUGAUGUUGGACACAAUGGACAGGUGAACUAUAAAGGAUUACCUGCUCUGAAAACUGAUAAAGAUCUGUCAAUCCAAGUGUUGGAUGUGAAUGAUGUAGAACCACACUUUACGAAAGACACAUUCAAGUUCCUUACCUAUGAGAAUGACAAAGCUAAUUUCCCUAUUGGCUUUAUCAAUGCUACAGACCCAGAUAUUGGUAAGGGAGGUGAAUUGUCUUAUUCUCUGAGAAAUAAACAGCAAUAUCGUCUGCCAUUCCAGAUUAUCAACUCUGGCUUUAUUUCAACAAACCAGUCUUUAGACAGAGAACACAGAGAUUUCUAUGAGUUUGAGGUUUUUGUGAAAGACAAUGGAAGCCCAUCUCUGAAUAACACAGUGAAUGUUGAAGUGGAAGUAUUGGAUAGAAAUGAUAAUGCUCCAUAUUUUACAUUUCCUAGUGUUGACCCUUUCACUCUUAAUGUCCACUAUCAUCCGCAAAGUAAGAACGACAUCACAGUUCUGAAAGCAUCUGAUAUAGACAGUCACAUGAAUGCUUUUCUCAGGUACGAAAUCGUUUCAGGUAACGAGAGACAGUUAUUCAAACUCGACUCAUUCACCGGUGUGUUGUCUUACUCUCGCACAGUUUACCAAAAUGAUGCCGGAUCAUAUGAGCUUGAGUUUGUUGUGAAAGACAGUGGCACUCCAGUUCUGUCAGCAACAACUAGUGUGUCUUUGACACUGACUGUUAGUAACAAGACGUCACCAAUGUUCACAGCUGUGCACCUACCAAGUGAUAACACAAUAGAUGCGACAUUGUUGAUUAUCAUUGUAGUAGCAGCUGUGAUAGUAUCUAUAGCUAUUGUGGUUUCUAUAACCCUGUGUAUUGUGAGAUGUAACAAUGUGAGAAAUAGCUCAUCUGAAAGAACAGCAGAAGAGAAACAGGCAUACCAAUGUCGCAAUGAGAUGAGACAGUUGAUCUAUCAAGGUAACAACAGUGUACCUGUGAUGUCCGGUAAUCGAGGAGAGAUGACAGACAGAUAUGGUCAUUCGAGGAGCCAUUACUAUCCAGAUGACUGGAAGAUGUCUACAAUGAACAGAACACUUCAGAAAUCUACACGGCAGAAAUACAGUCAACCGAUUGAGGUGACAUCUUAUGGAGACAACAGACCAUCUUCUAACUAUCCCACUGACACAUUGACCAGUCGUAAGAGCAGUGGACAGUGCUGGAGUGAGCGGUCAAGCAGACAGUAUGAAGAAAUACCAGCAAUGUCAGGGAUCUAUGGUAGCCAACAGGAUACACCAGUGAACCCCGAAAGGCAACAGUAUCAAGACAGAUAUGUGAAACCUCCAGAGAGACAGUUACCUUCAACACCAGAUGUCAUUACUAACUGA